CCAGAGAGUAACCACCAGGUUUCUGUCCCUGCAGAGCGCGCCCCCUCCACGCCCAGAUGCCCGCGUAGUGCGUUGACUUCCGGUCCCCUCUCUCGGGCCUGGAGCUUCGCCGGAGGAGCGAUGGAGACGUGGGCGGGCAGGCCCCAGUUGUGCCUGGUGCUGCUUCUGUCCCUCCCGGAGCUCUGCCUGGAUCAGGAAGUGUUGUCUGGACACUCUAUUCAGACACCCCCUGAGGAGGGCCAGGGCCCUGAGGGCAUUUGGGGCCCUUGGGCCCUGUGGGCCUCUUGCUCCCAGCCCUGUGGAGUUGGGGUGCAGCGCAGGAGUCGGACAUGUCAACUCCCAACCGCUCAACUCCACCAGGGCCUGCCCUUUCCACCCCGGCCCCCAAGACAUCCGGAAGUCCUUCUCCCCCUGGGUCAGGGCUCCAGACCCCAGACUUCCCGAGAAACCCUCCCCCUGUACAGGCCACAGCCUCGGGACAGGGGUGGCCCCCUUCGAGGUCCUGCUUCCCAGUUAGGGAGAGCAGAGGCCCAGGAGAUUCUAGGAGCUCGGAGAUCGCGAGUUCGAGAGCCCAUCAAGCCAGGGAUGUUUGGUUACGGGAGAGUGCCCUUUGCUUUGCCGCUCCAUCGGAACCGCAGGCAUCCUGGGAGGCUGCUCAGAGCCGAGCUACCCCACACCUCAUAUCUUCCACCCCCAACUCCAAGAACGGAGGCAUCUUCCACAAACCACACGGCUCAGACUCUACUCCCGCCUACAGAACUAUCUGCUCGCCCCCUGUCCCCACCAGCAGAGCCCCCAAGCCCCCAAACUGCUCAGACAGAGGUGCCCUCUAGAACCAAGCCUGCCCCCACAUGGCCACACCACAGAGCCUCUGGCACAGACAUCCCCCUGUCCAUCCCCUCCCCAGGAGAAAGUAGCUCUUUCCACGUGUCCCCUCAGCCAAGAAUGCCAAGUUCCCAGGGUUGGGCCAGUCCCCAAGGGGCCGAGAAGCACCCAAAUCCUUUCCUUUCUGUCCCUCGGGGCAGAGGUCACCAGAGCCAGGAGCACUGGAGACCCCGGGGGAAUCUUCAUGGGUCCCUUGUGGAGUCUGUCCCUCACUACCCAGAUGGCUGGCUGCCUCUGCUGAGUGCUGGCCCCCACACCAGUUCCCUCUGGAGCCUCUUUGCUCCCAGCAGCCCUGUCCCAAGAUGCUCUGGGGAGAGCGAGCAGCUGAGAGCCUGCAGCCAAGAGCCCUGCCCCCCUGAGCAGCCAGACCCCCGGGCCCUGCAGUGCGCAGCCUUUGACUCCCAGGAGUUCAUGGGCCAGCUAUACCAAUGGGAGCCCUUCACAGAAGUCCAGGGCUCCCAACGCUGCGAGCUGAACUGCCGGCCCCGUGGCUUCCGCUUCUAUGUCCGUCACACCGAAAAGGUCCAGGAUGGGACCCUGUGUCAGCCUGGAGCCCUGGACAUCUGUGUGGCCGGACGCUGUCUGAGCCCCGGCUGCGAUGGGAUCCUUGGCUCUGGCAGGCGUCUGGAUGGCUGUGGGGUCUGUGGGGGUGAUGAGUCCACCUGCCGCCUCAUCUCGGGGAACCUCACUGGCCAAGGGGGCCCCCUGGGCUAUCAGAAGAUCCUGUCGAUUCCUGCUGGAGCCUCCCAGCUCCAGAUCGCCCAGCUCCAGCCCAGCUCCAACUACCUCGCCCUUCGAGGCCCUGGGGGCCAGUCCAUCAUCAAUGGAAACUGGGCUGUGGACCCCCCUGGGUCCUACACGGCCAGUGGAACUGUCUUCCUGUACAACCGUCCUUCUCGAGAGGAGGGCAAGGGGGAGAGUCUGUCGGCCCUAGGCCCCACCACCCAGCCUGUGGAUGUCUACGUGAUCUUUCAGGAGGAAAACCCAGGCAUUUUUUAUCAGUAUGUUAUCUCUUUGCCGCUCCCAAACCCUGAGAGCACCACCCCAGAGCCUCUCCUCCCCCAACUCCAGCAGGAGAUUUUGAGGGUAGAGCCCCCACCUGCUCCAGUGCCCCGCUCCGCCCGGACCCCAGGCACCCUCCAGCGUCAGGUGCGGAUCCCCCAGAUGCAUGCUCCACCCCAUCCCCGGACACCCCUGGGGUCUCCGACUGGAUACUGGAAACGAGUGGGACACUCAGAAUGCUCAGCAUCCUGUGGAAAAGGUGUUUGGCGCCCCAUUUUCCUCUGUGUUUCUCGUGAGUCAGGCGAGGAACUGGAUGAGGACAGCUGUGCAGUGGGAGCCAGGCCCCCGGCCCCCCCAGAGCCCUGCCACGGUCCCCCGUGCCCCCCCUACUGGGAGGCUGGGGAGUGGACCUCCUGCAGCCGCUCCUGCGGGCCUGGCACCCAGCACCGCCAGCUCCGCUGCCGGCAGGAGUUUGGGGGUGGGGGCUCCUCGGUGCCCCCGGAGCGCUGUGGACACCUCCCCCGGCCCAACGUCACCCAGCCCUGCCAGCUGCGCCUCUGUGGCCAUUGGGAGGUGCGCUCUCCCUGGAGCCAGUGCUCCGUGCGGUGUGGGCGCGGCCAGAGGAGUCGGCGAGUUCGCUGUGUGGGCAACAACGGUGACGAAGUGAGCGAGAGGGAGUGUGCGUCGGGCCCCCCACGGCCCUCCAGCAGGGAGGCCUGUGACAUGGGGCCCUGUACUACAGCCUGGUUUCACAGCGACUGGAGCUCCAAGUGCUCUGCUGAGUGUGGGACAGGAAUCCAGCGACGGUCCGUAGUCUGCCUUGGGAGUGGGGAGGCCCAUGGGUUGAGCCAGGAGGAAGCCAGAGUAGGUACAAGUGAGCAGACCUGUGCGCCGGGAGGCCGCCCCCCUGACAUGCGAGCCUGCAGCCUGGGACCCUGCAAGAUGACAUGGUGCUGGUACACAGGGCCCUGGGCUGAGUGCUCCUCAGACUGUGGCUCUGGCACCCAGCGCAGAGAUGUCAUCUGUGUGUCCAAACUGGGUACGGAGUUCCACGUGGCCUCUCCCAGCAACUGUUCCCACCUGCCCAGGCCCCCCGCCCUGCAGCCCUGUCAGGGGCAGGACUGCCAGGACCGGUGGUUUUCUACACCCUGGAGUCCGUGUUCUCACUCCUGCCAGGGGGGUGUGCAGACCAGGGAGGUCCAGUGCUUGACCGCCAACCAGACCCUCAGUGUCCGAUGCCCUCCUCACCUGCGACCAUCCAGGAAACGACCCUGUAACAGCCAACCCUGCAGCCAACGCCCCGAUGAUCAGUGCAAGGACAGCUCUCCACACUGCCCCCUGGUGGUACAGGCCCGGCUCUGCGUCUACCCCUACUACACAGCCACCUGUUGCCGCUCUUGUGCCCAUGUUCUGGAGCGUUCUCCCCUAGAGCCCGCCUGAAAGGAGCCCAAGGGACCCUCUCUUCAUGGUUUCCUCAUGCCACCAUCAGCCCCUCAUCCAUCAGUGCACUCUGUAUCCUCUGGCUUUGCAGCCUGCCCUAGUCUCACCAGGGAUGUCCCCUAGGGUGGUUGGAGGUGCAAGAUGACCGUCACCAUGUGUAGUUGGGUCUGUGUGUGGUGUGAUGGGAUGUGUGCGCAUAUGCCCCAUGUGUGUAUCUGGGUCUGUGUGGAUGUGUGUGCUCACACACAUGCAUUACUUCUCACAAAAAGAAGUUAAACAAACUGAAGAGGAAGGGGGAGGGGACCAUGCCUGUUUGCCUGAGACUUUUCUAGGCUGAGAUAAAGGCAAGUUUGUAGCUCCUUAGCGACCCAGAUUGCCUGGCGACGGGCCUCCGCCACAACCCCAGCUUUGCAGCCUGCACUUCAGUUCUCAUGUUCAGGCCUCACAUCUUCUACAGCACUGUCUGUCCUCCGACCCCUGCGCCCGCACUUAGUCUUUCUGUCCCUACCUCUCAUAGUCAGCUAGGGAUGGGGGUCAGCCACUGCCAAUCCUGCCGUGCCCCGGGAGAAGAGACUCCCUCCCUAAAGCAGGGAACUGCUGGAUGGAAAAAAAGAAAGGUUAGAACAAGACACCCUAGCCCUUGCUCCUGCUCCCCACCUCCUAAAAUGAUUCCCACCCCAGAACUAAUUUAUUUUUUAUUAAAGAUGAUUAUGACAAAUGA